CCGCCCCACCCUUACUCCUCUCCAUUUUGCUCCGGCAAGAGCAGCUGCCAGACCGCCGCCCAGCCUCCACCCCUCUCUUCCGUUCUCCUCCCUUUUCCGGCUCUCUUUCCCCGUCGCUCCUAUUCUCUCUCUCUCCUCCUUGCUCUCUCUCGUCUCUCCAGCGAACGGCACCGGCACCCAGCUGCUCCGACAAUCACCGGCGAGCUCCGGACAGCAGCAGCUCGGGCGAAGGCGAACAACUGGCGAGAUAUUUCUCUCCCCCUCGUCUCAGCUCCUCCAUUUUCCCGCGAGCAAAGCAGUAGCAGCAACGAAACGAACCAGCAGCGAGCAGCUCCGACUAAGCGAGAAGCUCCGGCGAGGCUCGAGAUUCUGGAAUUUUGCACAAAACGGGUUUCGACAGAUCCGUCCAGUUUUUUCUCUAAUUCAAUGGAGCUAGAGGAUAGCGUUUUAAAUUUCUCUGAUGAAGAUGAGAGCUUUGAGGAUGAUGAAGAUGUUAAAAUGAAUGAUAUUGAGGAAGGAGAACUGGUUGAGAAGAUUUCCAAGACUGGAUUAGAGGAAACUGGUGGUGCAUGUGCCAGCUCUGAAAAUCCUCUUCCAGGCAAAAAAAAUCGGAGACGCAGGAAGAACAAGGGGAAGAACAAACGAAAGAGAGUCUCUUCAGGUCCAAUCACAGACAUUAACAGAUUUGUUUUGGAUGUCGGAAGACGCUUGAAAGAGAGGAAAUCUUAUCUUAUAUGGAAUGCAGUUGGUUGUCUCGGCCUCUCUGCUUUGAGUGAUCUUGUCAAAGAGGUGGAUGCAAUUCAGACUUGUGGCGGCCAGAAGACUGCUGAUGGCAGGCGUUUCCGAACAGGUGGUGGAAUAUUGUGGAGCAUCCUUAAAGUACGAGAUCCAAAUGCAUACAAAGAGAUAAUGAAGAAAGGGAAGGAGUUUGAGAAGCAGUUUAAGCAGGCUAAUCUCAAGCAAGAACCGCUCCAAAACAAAGAAGCUUCUUUGGAGAGAUCUAGUGAGACAAUGGGAGACGAGAUUACAGCUAGUUCUUCAGAUGUUUUGCUGCAGCAAGAACCUAUUGAACAGUCAAAUAGUGGAGCCAAACGUGCAUCUGUUCAUGAUAGAAUAAGGAUGCCUGUCACGUAUGAUGAUCUAUUCGAUGAAGCAACUGAUGAAGGAAAGGAUUCAAAGGAUCCGUUGGCUUUAAUAAUGCCUUCAGAAAAAAGCUCAUAUGAUGUGGUGGAGGGAGGUUAUCCUAAGGGUAUAUAAAGUUUGCGCGAGUUACAAAUUACAAUCAGCUAAGACUAGGGGGUUUGAGAAAUGAAUCAACUUGAUUUUUUUUUUUGAUAAAGCCUCAUAUUACAGCUUGUCAAGUGGAAUUUCAUUUGUGAACACCGAGGGCAUUUUAUCUACCCUUUCAUUUUGCUCAUCAUCUUAUUCUCAGUAAAUACAUAUAUGUUCGCAGC